AUGGCGUCGUUCGAUCCAACCAACGUGAAUUUGAAUACGGCCAGCGUGGAGGACAUCUACUGUUAUUUGCAGCUGUCCGAAAAUGACUACAAUGGACACCUAGGCGCGCGUAUCUCAUCCAUCUUUGUGAUCCUGAUCACCUCCUCGGCAGCCACACUUUUUCCCGUGGUGGCUAAGCGAAUUCCGCGAUGGAAUAUUCCGUAUCCUGUCUAUCUCUUUGCCCGAUAUUUCGGCACGGGUGUCAUUGUCGCCACCGCAUUCAUUCAUCUGUUGGAUCCCGCGUACGAGAGUAUCGGCACUACUACCUGUGUGGGCGUGUCCGGACACUGGGCAGACUAUUCCUGGUGUGCGGCCAUUGUCCUUGCGUCGGUCAUCAUGGUCUUCCUGAUGGACGUGGCAUCGGAGGUGUACGUCGAGCGCAUAUACGGCGUAGAAAGAGACCACGACGCGACCGACCGUUUUCUGGUCCAAGCCCAGCUCAUUCAAAGCGAUGACGAAACUACGUCUGAGCGUUCAUUCCGCAAGGACAUUGCCGCCUUUCUGAUUCUAGAAUUCGGUAUCAUCUUCCAUUCUGUGAUCAUCGGGCUCAAUCUGGGAGUCACCGGCGAUGAGUUCACCACCCUCUACCCGGUAUUGGUUUUCCACCAGGCGUUUGAGGGGCUUGGGAUCGGGGCUCGAAUGUCUGCACUUCGUUUUGGCCGACAUCAAUUGCUGCCGUGGAUUCUUUGCAUGGCGUAUGGUCUCACGACGCCGAUUGCGAUCGCCAUCGGACUGGGGGUGCGCACGACGUAUAACUCGGGAUCCAAGACGGCGAACAUUGUGCAGGGAGUGUUGAAUGCCAUUUCGGCCGGAAUUCUGAUCUACAGCGGACUGGUGGAAUUACUAGCGCGCGACUUUCUGUUUGACCCGGAUCGGACAAAGCGACGGUCGCAUUUGCUGGGGAUGCUCUUGUGCGUAUUGCUGGGGGCGGGCAUCAUGGCGUUGAUAGGGAAAUGGGCCUGA